GAGAAAGAGGGAGGAGGACAGCACAAAUCAACCUGCCUCUUGACUUUAACAGCAGAAUAGAGGAGCUGGUAGAGACAGAGAUCGGGAAGUGUGCGCGUUGCCCUGUUUUAUUUUAUUUUUGGAGCGAGAGGAAGAGAACAGCAGACAGGAGGAACUGAAGGAGGAGGAAAAGAGCCUCACCGUGGAGAUAGAUAGCAGAAAAAUGCUGUCAUGGGGAGAGAAGGGGAGGGAGUCGGCAGAGAGGAACAGGAUGAAAGAAGGCAGGGUCGAGCAGAGCUGAAAUGUGGAGGUGGCCAGUGGACGAGACCAAAAGGGAAGCUGCCGGCACUGACAAGUGCAGACGAACGGGUGCCAUGUUAGAAGGGCUGAUACAGCCAGAGCCUCUUCUGCACAGAGGACAGAGAGUCGGGCUCCAGUGAUGAUCCCUACAUCCUCACUCCACAGGAAGGAGCAUCCUGCAACUGGAGUACCACCAAAACACACAUCUCUACACCUGGACCAACCCCUGCAACAAGAAACAGCUGAAUAUUCCCCUCAGUCUUUUUCAUUUACACUCAAGAACUUGCUGCAUUGUGAAUACGAAGCGUGGCACCUCACAGAGGCAUCUAUGAGACCCCAGGGGCUGAGAAAGUUCAACCAUCUUAAGUGGUGUGAAUGAGAACUAUACUUGUUGCUUUCACUCAGAGUGGUUUUCAUCUUCCUGCACAGUGCUCCCGUUUCACACCAGCACCAUAGAAACCAGGACAGAAAUUUAGCUGGAAGAGGAGCAGAAAGCUCUGGACCAGAGUGGAGAAAAGAUUGUUGAACUGGAGUUGAUUUCUCAGGCACCAUGCAGUCAGAUGACCUCUUCAUUCGCAAGUUUCGCCGACAGAAUGUGCGGCCGCCUAUUGCCGCCGUCAGCUUUGACCCCAAACGGGAAGCAGGUGUAGUGGAGUGGCCGCCCAGGAGGGACAGUGAUGGAGUUGAUGGCGACAGCCUCACUCCAAGUCGCGUGGGGCUGAACCUGAGGUCGGUGGGCCGGGGCCACAUCAUGCAGCGAAGUAACAGCGACGUAACCUUAGGAGACUUGGACUCCUCCGGGAAGGCAGCAGGGAAAGCAGCACGGGCGGCUGGUGAGAAAGUGGGUGUGGGGGCUCAGGGCGACUCAGGUGUGCUGCUACACAGGGAAUACGGCAGCCUAUCCUCACUGGAGAGACAGACUCAAGCCCAGGAGGUGAGCACAGAUGAGCAGGGGCCCCUGAGUCCAAAAGCCCUCCGCUUCAAAGACCCUUUCCUGCUUUUAGGACUCCAGGGCAACCCUCCAGAGCCGGAUGGAUUCUUUCGGGGUCUCUCUGUUACCACAGGGGACUCCCCUAAACCUGCCAAGCCGCCGAAGCCUGAAGGUCUAAGUAAGAAGACCAAACCUGGGCCCCCUCAGAUCCCUCAACCAGGUCCAUAUGACAACAUCGGGGGCGGAGCCUGGGUGAGGAACUUUGCCCACUACGAUGUUCAGAGCAUCCUGUUUGACCUCACGGAGGCAGCCACCAACAGAGACAGCAUCGGGCGAAAAAAGAAUAUCACCUCAGGGGCUUCAGCGGCCUCUCAGCUGCGCCCGCUCUCCCAGGCCACCCCCUCCUCACCUGCACAGGGUGGGGGAGGCAACGGGGGGAAUGCAGAUGACCCUGAGCAGUCGUUGCUGCUGGACGAAGGGGAUGGCAAUGAUAACGAGCUCCUGCUCAGCUGCCCCCACUUCCGCAACGAGACGGGGGGAGAAGAGCAGGUGGGUCUGGGUCGAUCCCAGGGCCGGCGGGGACUCUGGUCAAGCCUGCGAACCCCCAACGAUGCGGUGUCAGUCCUGGAGGAGCCCAGAGAGAGUCAUGUCCAGCAGCAGGGCAAGAGCAACUACUUCAUAGAGCAUGCAGAUCUGGGAGCCCAUUACUAUCGCAAAUACUUCUACAUGAAAGAACACCAGAAUUUCUUCGGCAUGGACGAUCGCCUCGGUCCAGUGGCCAUCAGUUUCCGUCGAGAGGAGAAAGAAGGAUCCAGUGGAGCUCAGUACAAUUACAGAAUCAUCUUUCGCACCACAGAGAUGAAGACGCUGCGAGGGUCCAUCUUGGAGGAGUCAGUGCCCUCUGCGGCUCGUCACACGACCCCCAGAGGCUUGUCUCCCAAGAGGCUGCUGGAGUUCAUUAUGCCUGAACUAAACCUGCACUGUCUUCGCUUGGCCUCAAACUCCCCCAAGGUCCGGGACACGCUGCUCAAGCUGGACGAACAGGGGCUGAAUUUCCAGCGAAAGGUUGGGGUGAUGUACUGCAGGGCCGGGCAGAGCUCAGAGGAAGACAUGUACAACAACGAGAGCUCGGGGCCGGCGUUUGAGGAGUUCCUGGAUCUGCUCGGGGAGCGGGUGCGGCUGAAGGGCUGGGAGAAAUACCGAGCUCAGCUGGACAACAAGACCGACUCCACUGGGACACAUUCCCUCUACACUCGCUACCAGGACUAUGAGAUUAUGUUCCAUGUGUCCACUAUGCUGCCCUACACAGCCAACAACACACAACAGCUGCUGAGGAAGCGACACAUCGGAAACGACAUUGUGACGAUUGUUUUCCAGGAGCCGGGUGCACUGCCCUUCACUCCAAAGUCCAUCCGCUCCCAUUUCCAACACGUCUUCAUCAUCGUUCAGGUUCACGAGCCCUGCACAGACAACACCUAUUACAGGGUGGCUGUGACACGUUCUAAAGACAUGCCAUUAUUUGGCCCGUUGUUCCCUAAGGGCGCCCGAUUCCCUCGCUCGCCUGCCUUCAGAGACUUCCUCCUGGCGAAGGCAGUGAACGCUGAAAACGCUGCGGAGAAGUCAGAGAAGUUCCGCUCCAUGGCCACCCGCACACGGCAGGAAUACCUGAAGGACCUGGCCGAAAACUAUGUGACCACAACACCCAUUGACUCCUCCACCAAGUUCCCCCUGCUCUCUCUGGGAGGCAAGCGCAAAGACAAGCUGAAGGGCGCCAAAGGUGCUGAGUUGCACAGCGCUGGGGCACUGGUGUGGGCGGUGAUGGUCUCCAGCGGAGAUGAAGGGGAGGCAGGAGAGCACAGGCUCCCCUGUCUGCUCGGGGUGUCAGCCGAGUCGGUGGUGCUCAUUGAGAGGUGCACACGUAGGGUGGUGUUUAACUGCUCCUGUCGAGAUGUCAUUGGCUGGAAAGCAGUGACAGAGACCAAGGAGGGGGGGCCUUGCUUGGAUAUCUUCUAUGAGCGCGGGGAGUCGGUGUCUAUCAGUGUGAUGGAGAGCCAGGCGGAUGAUAUACGAGAGGUGGUGCAGAGGCUAGAGCUGGUUACUCGGGGCUGUGAGGCGCUGGAGGUGACACCCCUGCGUGAUGGAGUCGGCCAGCCCGGCUUCCUGAUGAACGAGGAGGGCUUUGUGACGGACUUGCAGCGGUUCUGCUAUGCUGAGAGCGGAGGCCUGCAGCUGUGGGCUCGUGUGGUGCGGCUCUGCGGACACUCGCUGGUUCACCUGAGCCCAGAGGAGAGGACCAGGCUGCUGCGCACUGCGCACAAGAUCCACAUCACUGUCAUCCCGCCGGAUGAGAACGGCAAGCCUCGCAGAAGUUUCUCUGAGCUGUACCAGAAAGCCAUCAAGGACGCAGAGUGUAAGCCUGGCGAAGAUCAAUCAGGAGAGGCCUGGGUGCUGGACGAGAGGGAAGAAGAGGAGGAGGACGAGGGGGAAGUGAAGACGGACGAGGUGAAGACGGGUGGGGCCAAUGAAGUGGACAUAACGGAGGUGCGGGUGGAGGCCGAGGAGGGUGAAGAGCUGUCUUGUGACAAAGGGCAAAGCGAGAGCCAUUACUCGCUCCUCACGCUGCCCAGCUUACCUUUGUUACGGGCCACUUCUCUGCAGGACCAGCCGGCCAAUCAGAGCCCAGAGGGCAGCGCCUCGCAGCUCACGCGCAGCUACUCUUUGGAGAGACAGCCGUCCUACAGCGAUACGUGUGAUGGGCACGUGUACGACAACGUGGGGCUGAAGGUGGAACGCCACAUCUAUGAAAACGUCGGGGAGCUGAGAGACGCCACACCUGAUCUGAUCCUGGCUGUCAAACCCAAGGUUCCCCUGGAGGACGAACAGUUCAUGGGGGCUGAGUUUGGCGACGACAAAGCUUCGGCAAGUGACUCCUCUCUCUCAUCUUCCCAGUUGUCGUGUGUAGACCGAGCCGAAAGAAAUUCGCGAGCCCUAAGUCUCCAUAACUCCAUCACCAAGAUUCUCUCAGAGACGACAGAUUCAACUGAGGAGGAGUGGCAGUCCAUCGCUGACCUGGCCACUGCCUGCCGCAGCAUCCUGGAGGCUUUGUCACGAGAGGACCGCAAAGCUGCAGACCCCUCACAAGCAGGAGCUGACCAGACCGAUGGCAAACUGAAAGACUCAAAGGAGAGUGACUCUCCAGGCCACCUAGAAGAGAAGGUAUCGCAGCUGGAGGCCAUGCUGAAGAAGCUACAGGAUGACCUGCAAAAGGAGAAAGAGGACAAGGCGGUGCUGCAGGCCGAGGUGCAGAGCCUCAGGCAGAACAAUCAGCGGCUGCAGGAGGAGUCGCAGAGCACAGUGGCCCGCCUCAUCAAAGUCACCGAGCUGCUGUGCAACGUCAACAAGCCCUGUUAGCUUCACCGCUGCACGCACAAACACACAAAAAUCAGCAGAAAGAUGCAAAUCGUACAAUGUCCUUGUACGCACAGCAAACACACACACACACACCUGUCCUCUUCAAUCUGUGUAUUACCACAGCCUCUAUCCUGAAUCCUGGACCUGCCUAUUGGUGAGGGAGUAUGCAAAUCAACUCAUAAAAAAAUCCCAUGACCUUCACAGACUGACCAGUGUGCAGCUCUCAGGCUGCUGUGUUGGGUGUGCUGUGCUGGAGUGCUCCUCUUGGUGUGCGUAUGAGACAGUAUGUGCGUGGUUGUGUGCCACAUUGUGUGUGUGAGUGUGUGUGUGUGUGGGGGGGGUGUGCAUCUCUUACUGUACCUUGCUUCAAAUACUUGACAAGCUGGGCUGAAUAGCACUUGCAUAAAAAAGUGGCAAUUAAGACUGAGAGACACUGUAUAGCAUGUUUGGUGGUGUCUUAUCUGAAAUGACCAAAAGUGUAUAUAUAUAUCACCAAUAAUGUAUGUGAACAGUAGUAUUGCUAUCCUCUCUGCCAGACAUGUAGUUGCAAUGUCUGAGUGUGGUUCUGCCUGGCGCUGCUAGUGUGGAAGGCCUUGAAAUAAAACACAAUAAGAAAAAAAAAUAAGAGGAGGGGAGGAGGAACAUGACAAUGACGGGCCCGUAGGCAGCCUUCUACUUCAAAAGAUGUAAUGAUGCUAACUGACUUGCCUCAGAGCAAGGUCUGUUACAUAAGGACAUCAAUCUCUGCCCUCUUAACCUCUCAGUAGUACUGUAUUUAAGAAAUUCUGGAGUUUUUAGGGAGAGGCAAGAAAAAAAAAACAAAAAAAAAAAACCUAAAUGAAAGGGACGUAAACUGGAAAUGUCAAAAGCAAUGAACUGAGCAUGCUUGUUCCUUCUGGAAGUGUGUAUGAAAACAGUAUUAAAGGAAUACUGAAAAGGGUUAUACCUCUCCUGAAGACACAGACGAUGGCAGGAAAGAACUGCUUCAGAUUCCUUCCAUGAUUGCCUGUAGCUGUUUUCUUCUAACCUCACUAUUGUAGCAGCCAUACUGUAGAAGAUCUCCUGCUGGCCUGAACCACAAAAUGCCAAAAGGCAGCUUUUCUUUCAGCUCGCAAAAUAGCUUUACAUGUCUGGAUAAAACACCUUGAACUAAUAGUGAAAUACAGAAUAUUGUAUUUAAACAUGUUUUGUGUUUGGCGGAUGUCUACAGUGACUAUUUUGGAUAAUUGUUCAGUAUGGCUAAUGAGUGGUAGCGGUAAGGACAAUAGGUGAAAUCUUACCAUUCCACCCUGAUGUGUGUUUGUGUGUGUUUCUGUGUCGUUCUUGCACUUUUUUUUUUUUUUUUUUUUUGGAAAAUCGGCACUGGACAGGGCACAUGCUGUACUUUACUUAGCUUGCCCAGAUCAUGUCUUGCUCAACAUAAGAAGGUGGACAAGAUCUCAUCCCCUCCCCCACCUUGGACACCACCUUACCUCACCUUUUUGUGUCCACUGCUGACGGCGCCGUUAUCAGACUUUUGUUCAGAGGAGUUGGACUGCUUCUCCUCAGUGCCAACGAAAAGCCCAGGCAGCUCUCCUGAAUCCCACCAAAAUCAAACACAACUGACUCGACCCCAAACUAAACUCCAACUACAAACUCUGAACUCCGACGCAAAGGAUGCCAAACUCUCACCAGUCACUCAGACUCUCUUGUUUCUUGUACAAACUUCCUCUUGUAAUUUUAUUUUAGAGUCACUGUGAAUACCUGGUACCAGCAUAUUAAGAUACAAGUAUAUACAGAUUAAAUUAUGAAUCUAAACUUUAUCAGUAUGUGAAGAUACUGUAUGUACAGCUGAACUGUUCCAUGUUACUUAGUGCAUUGGGUUGUGUAUGCCCUCCUUUUGCAGGAUGAUUAUGCAGACAAGUGUUAAUUGUGGCCAUGCAGGCUCUUGUUUCAUCUCCUAUACAUGCUGAAGCCUCAUGAUUGAACAGGGAGACGCUGGUGGUAUGAGAAGACCUGUUUUACUGUGUCUUUGUAUAGUUAUUUAGAUUGUACGAGGUUGGUCAAGCAUGAGAAUGUGCCAAGCAACUUCCAAGCUCCCCUCUGUAUGUGUGUAUGUAUAAAAAUGUAACUUAUUAAUCAUGCAAAUGUGGAUUUUCUUGUAGCUGUUUAAACUGGAGGGAAGUCAUGAGGGAAAAAAUGUGAAAUAGGGCAGAAAGGAAGGUGGGCUUGGUUAUAAAUUUUAGUUUCUUUUGUAGAAAUCCAACAACCAUGAUAUGAUGUGACAAAAUACUAUCUGCAACCCUUGCUUAAAUGUGACUAUGGUUCUUAUUAUCAUUCUAGUAUUGAGCUAUUUCAGCUAUAGCUCUUGCAUAUUUAAUAAGGUCUUAAAACACCAUUAGGUACGCCUUAAUGAGUGAAACUCUUCUUUCAGAAUGGAUGGUCAAAACUGGUCAUGCUGGUGUAAUGUGAAGGCUUAUUUCUCUGACUUUGUGCCUACCUGAAAAUGUAAUGUACGUUAAUCCAGCUUAGUGAUCUCCUUUCUUUCUUUCUUUGUCUUUGGUUGCACUUACGAAGUUUUUUUUUUUUUUUUUGUGGCAGAUGAGGGAUUUUCUAAGAGACCGUCUCAACACCUGGUCUUUCAUCCGCUGUGAAAGUCAUCGGGUGACCCAUGAUCCGAAAGAACAGAUGAUAAUAAGACAAUAAUAAUAGAUGUGUGUGGUUGAUCUCAAGUAUCGAUGAAGGUUUACAGCUCUAUGAGUACCACCGAUUGUUAAAAGAACCGACAAAUAUAUAAUUUUUAAAAGUGAAUUAAAAGGAAAAAGGUGCUUAAAAUGACUGAUGAUGCAUUGAAAUUAAGUUUAAAUGGAAAUGAAUGUGUUGAAUGGCGUAUACUUCUCCUAAGGGAGGAUUAUUUUGGUAUUUAAAUAUUUGAAAAUAAACUGUCUCAGAAAAUCCAA